GUGACUUCCUGGUCCUCCAGGUCUUAUAAAUACAAGGGCAGAGCUGGGGUCCUGUGAGCCCAGGAGUCCUCAGGCCAGCUCUGACUGCCCACCGGGAGGAUGAAGGUCUCCGGGGCUGCCCUUGCCUUCCUCAUCCUCGCUGCUGCCCUUGGAUCCCAGGCCCGCGUCAUACAUGAUACAGAGACAAGAGAACUCAUGACGGAAAUGCAUGUGCUGAACCCUCCAAUAAUCUACCAUGGCUUUGCACUUCCUGCUGACUGCUGCUUCUCCUACACCUCAAGAAGCAUCCGGUGUUCAGUCAUGAGAGAUUAUUUUGUAACCAGCAGUGCGUGCUCCCUGCCGGGAGUCAUCUUCCACACCAAGAGGGGGAAACGUGUCUGUGCCGACCCCAGCAACAGUCAAGUUCAGAACUGCAUGACAAACCUGAAGCUGAACUGAAAUAUCAAGGACCUAGGAAUAAUGACACUUGCUGGCAAGAUGGGACACUAGUUACCAGACAACCACCUCCAGCUCUCUUGCCCCAACUCCCUUAUGAGCAUCUCUUGGCCUGAAUUAUUUUUUAAAAAAUAACAUUUAUUCUUCUGUUCUGGUUUUAAAGCAAUACAUCCAAUAAAGAAUAUCUAAUUUGC